AUGAAACUAGCUGUCUGGUUUUGCGCCGCUAAAUGCAUCCUUGCUGACUACGAGGACAGUAAUUACUACGGCGACAGUAAUUACGAGUAUUACAUAAGCUACUACGACCCAGAUGGAAACAAGCAGACAAGAGUAGCGACCCUGGAGGAGAUUUGUGCAGAUCCUGAGUUCACUCGGCCAGAUUGUCCCGAAAUUCCAAGCCAGAUUGAUGCUGUGUAUGAUUCAUAUGGAGUGCCAGAAAUUCAAGGCAGUCCAACUCCAGAGCCCUAUUACUGGCGAACUACUGACUGGAGAACCACAUCAACAUCAUCUUAUAUCUGGAGAACGACGACUAGGCCGAGUACAACUACGACUUCGACAACGACUUCAACGACAACUUCGACGACGACGACAACAACAACUACUACUACAACUACAACAAAAGACAAGCCGUGCCGCCCGCUCGUUGACGGUCCCAAAGAAGUAGAAGGCUACGAUCUCGACGAAAACAAAGUGAUCUGGUCGUUGAAGCUGAAAUUCGUAAAAGUAGCGAACCCGUUCGAAUGUCGCUUGGAGUGCGAAAAGUACAUCGAUUUAACCCGAAUCAGCCGGAACGAAGAAGAGCGGCGACGAUGCGCAGCUUUCCGCUACCACAAACUGAAUAAUUGGUGCUUCUUGCUGGAACAGACGCCCGAAAGCGCAGGGCUCAGCUACGCGGACGACAAGAACUACGAUUUAUACAUCAAACGAGCGGCUCACUGUCCGGUGAAGAACGACGUGGUCGAUCCGUGCAUCCAUGGCGCGCUCGGGCCCCGCGGCUGCUCCUGCGAACACGGCUGGGACGGCUUCGAUUGCGGCACCAUGACCUGCGACAAUGGUGACGCGCCCGAGUGCUUCGGUGGCAGGUGUCGCCGCUAUCCCAACCCUCAUGACACCUUCGCGCCUUCCUUCGGCUGCGACUGUCCCACCGGCACCCAGUACUAUCAAGAGCGAGACGAAUGCGCCCCUCCACAAAUUCCGAUAGCAGUUCCGUUCGACGAGCCUCAACCCUUGUCUGAUCUCAUUCCUGGCCAUCCUCUAGUCAAGGGUUACCAGUUAAGCUAA